AGAAGCUAGGGGAUGAUCAGCUGGUCCUUACAAAAACCGGACUAAAAAUGAAUAGUGUAAGACAAGCUUUUUUCCACGGAAGUCGCGGUCAAAUAUAACUAUGUCAGCAGUCCUGAGUACGAUUUGUGCUUUAAGUUUAACUACGAUAAGGGUGGUCGAAAGCGGCAAGAAAAGGCAGUUUCUGAGCCUGAAAAAAUGUAAACAACUGCUUCCAAUAUCCGAAAUGACGAAAAGGGAUUUGGAAAAACUUUGCAAAAACAAUGUCAUACCUGCCAGGUUUCACGAGGAAUUCUUUAAAUUAAAAUGUAAGUCUUCUCUUCCAGAGGACUUAGCAGAAACUGAUGCAGAGGAUGACAAAAUCAAAGCUCCAAAACUUAAAAAAAUAUAUAUUUUUUACUAGUAAGAAUUUCAUAUUUUCUUUUGUAACGCUAUUUUGUCUUUUUUUUCAUAAUAAACGA